AAGCGCCCACUCUUUACGUAAUGACGUAACGAGGACGUUUCCGACGACCCGAAAAUGGCGGAGUACCUGGCAUCCAUUUUCGGUACAGAGAAAGACAAGGUCAAUUGUUCCUUCUACUUUAAAAUUGGAGCUUGCAGACAUGGAGACCGCUGUUCGAGAUUGCACAACAAACCAACCUUCAGCCAGACCAUCUUGAUUCAGAACAUCUACCGCAAUCCUCAGAACAGUGCGCAGACAGCCGACGCUUCUCGCUGUGCCGUCAGCGAUGUGGAAAUGCAGGAGCACUAUGAUGAGUUCUUUGAGGAGGUGUUCACAGAGAUGGAGGAGAAGUAUGGAGAAGUGGAGGAGAUGAACGUCUGUGAUAACUUAGGCGACCACCUCGUCGGCAAUGUCUAUGUUAAGUUUCGUCACGAGGAGGAUGCAGAGAAAGCCGUUAUGGACCUUAACAACCGCUGGUUCAAUGGCCAGCCCAUCCACGCAGAACUCUCCCCAGUCACUGACUUCAGGGAAGCCUGCUGCCGUCAGUAUGAAAUGGGAGAGUGCACCCGAGGUGGCUUCUGCAACUUCAUGCAUCUGAAACCAAUAUCAAGGGAACUGAGGAGGGAGCUGUACGGCCGCCGCAGGAAAAGACACCGCUCACGCUCGCGCUCCCGGGAACGACGUUCCCGCUCCAGGGAUCGACGGCGGGACCGCGAGAGGCGGAGGUCGAGGGAUCGAGAACGCUCCGGAAGAUUCUGAAAGUAGACGAGAUGGACCCACCAAAAUUCUCCCCCUAAAGCCCAACAGUGAUGACAGUUAUUUUGUUUUUUGUUUUUUUGUGAAUUGUUGGAAGUGUUCUUUCUCUUAUUCCCUUUUUUUUAAGACAAGCUUGUGCCGCUUUCUCAAUAAAAAACAGAUUUGUAACUGCAUCUGCACCGCUUUUCUUCAAGACUCAAUCCUAUUCUAGGAAGGAUUUUAUUAUGAUUUAUUAUUACUCUGCUAUAUUUUUAUACCAAAGCUGCUAACCAGAGACUAAUUUUAAAGCUCCUUCGUAGUCUGUCAGACUGUAAACUUUCCUUCACACAGUCACUAACAGCGCACAACUGUUGCUGCAUUUUUUUUCUGGUAAAUGGCUGAUGCAAUGCUAACUAAGCAGCCUGUUCUUUUACUAGUUCCCUUUUUUGACACUUCGCUUAAAUUUGAUGUGAUAAAUAUU